CUGAUCGCAGCUGGGAGCCGUGCCCCAGCCUCGCAGACCGGCAGCCUAGGGUCUGCCCGAGCAGGCUGUUGCGACUUGACUUGAAAAAUCUGGACCCUGAGGCAUCCGGAUCCAACAGCAUUGGAGAGCUUGUCCAGGAGUUCAAUACCCAAGUGGCUCUAUACCGGGAGUUAGUCAUUUCCAUUGGGGAUGUGUCAGUCAACUGUCCGUCUCUACGUGCUGAAAUGCACAAGACUCGAACCAAAGGAUGCGAGAUGGCUUAUCACGCACACCAAAAACUAUCAGCAAUUUCUGGCAGCACAGGCUCUUCCCUGCAUGGCUGCUCCUCCUCCUGGCAUGGCCCCUCUUCAAACAGCCCAGAAGAUGGUGAGAUUCACCCUGAAAUCUGUAGACUAUACAUCCAGUUGCAGUGUUGCUUAGAAAUGUACACAACAGAGAUGCUUAAAUCUGUAUGUCUGCUAGGAUCCCUUCAGUUUCACCGGAAAGGAAAAGAGCCUUGUGCCACCAAGAUUGUAGACAGUAAAAUGGAGGAGAGUUCAGAAGUACCUAUUUUAGAGGACACAUCAUCAUCACCAAUAGAUAUUCAACAACAUUCAUGGCAGGUUUCCACAGAUAUUGAAAAUGCUGAAAGAGAUAUAAGAGAAAUGAAAAACCUUUUAAGUAAACUCAGGGAGACUAUGCCUUUACCAUUGAAAAAUCAAGAUUUAUAUGCUGACUUUCCAAAAAAAGGACUCAGGGUGGCUUGCAUUACAACACGAAACAAUUAUAGAAGCAGAAUCAAAUAAGAUGAUAGCAGCCUCCUAAACCUGACUCCUUACCCAUUAGUGAGAAGACGGAAGCGAAGAUUCUUUGGACUGUGCUGCCUUGUUUCAAGCUAAAAGAUUCAACACAGAAAUGCCAAGAAAAAGAUAACUUUGAUUAAGCCAAUAUUAUUUGACAUUUGAAAGAAUAAAUCUUGACUGCUCUUGAUUAUCAAGUAUGUUUUCUACACUGCCCUGUUACUUUGUCCCAUUCCCCUUUUCACAAAAAGUUUUACAAUGUGGUAUUGCAGACAAGAACCAAAUGGGGAACAGAUAUACCAUAUUUCAAAUGUUUUUAAAUAUUUUUUUUAAAUGACAUUUACAUGCAUGCUUUAAAUCAUACAGUGACAAAACAAGAAUUACGGUUAUGGUUUUUUUUUUUACUGUGCAGCCACAAAGUUUUGUUUACAGUACAAGUGUAGGACUAUAACUUAUUAGUAUCACAUUAAAAUAUUUGAUCAUAUUCUAACAAUCUUUACACAUAAAUAGCUAUUUAAAACAGCAAAGUGUUAACGUUCUAAAAUAUUAAAAUAAUAUAUAAUAGAACAUGCACAAGCUCUCCUAUUGCUUUUUGUGCUCUCAUUCAUAUUUAGUCUUCCACUCUCUCUCAAUUUAUCCAAGAACUACAUAGUCAAAUAUAUCUUAAUUUAUAAUACACAAAACCAUGUAUGAGAAAUAUUCAGAACUUGUAAAUACAGAGUAAUCAUUGUAUCUACAUACUGUACAAUGCAUAGAAGUAAUGAAAUUACUUUUAAGCCAAUGGUGUCUAUUUCAACUUUUGGAAGAAAGGAGUAAUUCAGUUAAAAAAGAUGGUGUAGUAAAAUAUACUAUUACCCUCAAAUGUAAAGCAGAUUACCAUAUUUUGUUUCCAUUAGCAGUUGAAGCAUGUCUGCGCAUCAACUAAAUGUUCACUCUUAUAGGGCAUGCCAGAAUUAGCUCAGACUGUAAUAUAUUAGACAUUUUACAUUGUUAAUAAAAAUUUUUAGUUAAAGUUAAAAUGAUCUCAUUUCUGGUUAUUAUUGCACUAGAAAGUCUAAUCAGAAAUUUAAACAAACAGUCUUAGCAUUUGCUCCAUUUUCAGAAGAUUAUUAGCAAGUGCAAUGAAACGAACAAUUAGUAGCCAUAUUGUAUAUUAUAAAAUGUGGAUAUCUGGGGAGUGUUGUACUGGCACUGCUGACUGACAGACAAGACACAAGGUAGUCCUCAGCACCUGAAAAUUACCUAGUAAUAAUUGUCCCAACACAGUUUCUGGUACUAACCAGACAGUUUACUACUGGGUAAGAGCAGUUUGUUUUCUCACUAUACCAAACAUUAGGAGCCCUUACCUCAUUUACAUUCUUCUUUACGGGGUGCAAGACCCAAAAUCCCACUGAACUGUACUGUGCACCCAUCACGUUUUGUCAAAUGAAUUUCACAGUGAAAUCUACCAACUAGGACCCUGGCUGCUGAAAAGGAUAUAUCAAAACUCGCAUCUUUAGGCCAAUCUGGCAGCAAGAAAAAUUCAUUCCGAGUGCUCAAAAUGCAAACCUGACAUCCACAGCAAGAAACAAGCUGAUGACAACAGGAGUUUAAAAUAUGCGUGUACACACACACACACACACACACACACACACACACAGUAAACUAGUGAGCAAGAGUGACUUUUGUGCGGGCCACCUCCCGAUCUCGUCCAUGUCGC